CUUCUCCAGCCGCUAGGGGUGGAGAAAGGGGCUGGGUCCCUGGGAUCACAGCCUCCCACCCCCCCUUGCCCAGAAGAAAGGGGGCUGGGUGGACAGGAGAGCUGGAUCCCACCCCGCCACCCCAAAGAAAGACUUUUUGUGCGAUUUCCUGGAGGGAGACUCAGCAUGAUUUCUUUGAUGGAGCAAAGGGAAGAACUGCAAGUUGUGAAUGAAGAUCUGCGCCAAGAACCAGAAGAAAGGGAAAGCAGAAAAGAUGCCCGCACAGAGGAUGGAAGGACCAGUGAGAAUGAAGACUGGGAAGAAGAGGAAGAGGAGGAGGAGGAGGAGGAGGAGGAAGAAGAAGAAGAAGAAGAAGAAGAAUCUCCUAGUGUCCCUGAAGGCCAUGACCCCGAGGAUCCACUGGAGAUCACUCCACAGAUUCUGGACUGGGAAGAGGCAUGUGAGGCUCUACACAGCAGGAGUGACCAGGAUGGGAACAGGAAUGCCAGGCCCCAAGGGGAAAAGCGCACCAGGGGGAGAUGUUCCUUGGGUAACCAACAUUGUCAGCUCAGCUACCGUCGUGCGAGUACCAUCUCCCCGAGGUUCUUUGACUGCCCCGAUUGUGGGAAGCGGUUUACUCUGAGUUCCCACCUGAUCCGGCACCAGCGGGUACACACUGGGGAGAGACCGUUUGGGUGCCGAUCCUGCACCAAGAGUUUCUCUCAGAGGUCAGACUUGGUGCGCCAUGAGCGCACGCACACUGGGGUCAAGUUGUACAGGUGCACCCAGUGUGACAAAUCCUUCUCGGAGAGCUCCCAUCUCAUCCGCCACCAGAUCAUCCAUUCCGGGGAGAAACCUUUUAAGUGCAAUGUUUGUGGCAAGCGUUAUGGGGACAGUUCCUACCUCACGGUGCACCAGCGAGCCCACACGGGGGCUCGGCCUUACCGCUGCGCCCGCUGUGGCAAGAGCUUUGGCCGAUCUUCAACUCUCAUUCGUCACCAGCGGGUACACGGGGACCCAGCGCCCGUCCCUGGUGACAAGCCGCGCCCCCGAGGCAUUUGGACAGCAUUUGCCUGCCUGUCGAGCGAUGGGGACGCAGAACAAAUUCUCUCUCCUCAGAGGGCAUCAACUUCAUCUGGGCCUUCCCUCGCAUCGUCCGUGCUGUCCCUGCCACCGCCUCCACGGAUUGAUCCACGUUCCAUGAGGAUUAUGGGGUGGCAAUGGGGGGUAGAAUAACAAGCAGAAGGGUGGCCAAGUGGCAGAGGAUCAUAGUGGGGCUGUGCCUGCCGGAAGGAGUUGGCCAGUAGUCAAGACCACGGGAUUGGACUGAUAGGUGGACAUCAUCGCCUUGGUUGCUAGGGUUGCUAAGGUGAUCCAAAGGAGGAAGAAUUACCAUGGUUACAACAUAACUCCUAAUUUUGUAAGAGCUGAUGGACCACGUCAAAAAGGUUGAUGGAGAGUGGGGGAAACCCUUGGCUGAGAAUAUUUCAGAGUUGGGAAUGAUGUGGGCUAGGUAACUGGAGAGGGUGGCUCUUUUGCUCAACAAAAAUAAUUCAAUUUUGGGGAGCAUCAGAACGGCACAACAGAAUAGUAUGCCAAAGCAAAAGGUCAAUUGCCUGAGUUACUAAGUUGAGUCCCUCGGUUGGGCUGGGAUAAUUAAUUGCCAGGGGGAGAGAUGGGCUGAUUGCUAAGGUAAUCUGUGGGGCGAUAAUUUGGUUUCUGAAGCAACAUUGAAAAAGAAGAAUGUUGUUGACAUAUCAGUUGAAUGUAUGUUUGCAUCCUAGGGCCAAGAUUACAGAAUAGGUUGUUUUAGGCAGCUGGUUGCUAAGAAAGGAACGUUGCCUUGGUAUCCAGGUAACUAAAAUAGCGGAGACGUUAGUAAACCUUUGGUUGUUGAAAGAGGAGGAUAAAGAACUGGCCAUGUUAUCUUACAUGAUUGGUUUCCAUGGUAAUAGAAGAAUAUUAACGAGUUGUUGGCUAAUGGAGUGGAAGAUCAAGGGACUUGAUGACAAGCUUUAUUUGGCUACUUCACCAAAGGGAGGACAUGGAGAACAGCUGAUUGGGAUGAAGUACAGCAGUUCUGCAGUUGUGUUCAUGGAAACAUCAGCAUAUGCUUACAGCAGAACUGGUAUUUGCUGAUUUGGAAUCCAAGUGUGUCUUGGAAUAAACUGGUUUUCCAGUUUAUUAUAUUAAUCUAGCCUAAUCUGGUGCCUUCCAGAUGCAUUGGAUUACAACUCUCAUCACUCUAGGUCAGCGUGGGCAGUUGCUGAGUUGCCCAAGCAGAAUGGAAAGUUGAGGAAAGGUAUACUACACAAUUGUUAGGCUAGUUAAAUCUGUGUCUGAGCGUCGCCGCUUUUGACUGUUCUCCUGAAGAGGUUUAGGCUCAUGAGAAGGGGGCAGAUCGUUAGUCCUUCAGCUUUGGUAUUGUCUACAUCGAUUGGUGGUGGAUCUCCAAGAGUUCAGGCAGGACUUGACUGUGGAGUCCUUGCUGCUCUCUGAGCUUGGUGGUUUGCUUGUAGAUGUUUCAUUACCCAACUAGGUAACAUCAUCAUCUCUACAAUUCAACCCUGAGCUACAUAUGUUCUCUUCUAUUGGAACUUUUCUUGACCUCCUUCUGGACAUGUCAAGGAUCACAUGGAGGAAGAGUUUCUGCCCUGCCCUGCAGGAUUCCUAAGUUGCUUGGCAAGACAGUAUGUUCAGAGUUGCGUAGAGCUACAGACAGGGUGGAGCUAUAGCUGUCCCUUUUUCCUGCCAAGCUAGUUUUCUGCAUGUAAGAGUUUAUUUGCCUGUUUAAUUGGAGUAACAGUGCUGCCAUCAGAUCUGGGUCAGCUCAGAACUCUUCCCAUUCCAUCAGAACAUCGCAUUAGCUGGAAAAGGAGUUGGGUUUUUCUCUCCUGGAUCUUGUUCCUCUGUUAUGCUGAGAAUGGGAUCAAUGUCACCAAGGGCAGAUGACUGCUAGAGGAAGAAUGGAUGGGUUGAUUUGAAAGGAGCAAUGUUGGAUAUUUGGCUGGUUGGGAAAGAAAUGAUAGUUGGUUGACAAGGGAGGAAAUACAAAUCGAGUCCCUUGGAGGCAUAAGGGAUGAAACAUGUGGUUGUUGCUUGAAUGUGAGAAACCCAGUAGCCAGUUGGUUGAUUAAAAUGUUUCGUGGCUAUGAAGCCAGGAUAUCCCCAGGGGGUUACAAGACCAGUUUGUCUGAAUAGGAUGGAGAUUUUGCAGAGUGACUCCCAUGGCAGUUGGUUCUGGGUGAUGACCCUAAGCCAGUGUUUCUCAACCUUAGCAACUUUAAGAUAUAUGGACUU